AAUAAAUGGAGGAUUGCUAUGAGGCUUUACUGUUUACAAAUUAAGAAAUUCUAAACUUGAGUUGCAAAUAUAACAACUUAAACAGGAAAUUCUUGAGUUGCAAGGAAGAAUUGCUGUUGGAGGUUCAUUUAACAGUGAUAAAGAGUUGAAAAUAUAUAAACUUCAAGAGGAGUUAACAGAAUUGCACUGAACAAAAGGAGAGGCAAUUAAGGAUUAGCACCAGGCUCUUCAAAUGCUUUGCAAUUCAACAGAAGAAAAGUAUAAAAAUCUACAGUUUGAAUACCAAGAGUUGGUACAAAGGUGUAUGCAUCAAAAAGCAUUAGAAGCAGAUCUUCUUAACAUGCAAAAUGAAGUUUUGGCUAGUAGGAGGCAACAAAAGCUUCAACAAGAAUUGAUCGAUGCAGCAAACGAACCUAUUUUUCUACCACCUGUAUCAUUGAGCCCUGAAAUUGGUAAGAGAUCUUCAAGCUAUUCUAACCUAGGAAUGAUCUGCUUAACUUCUGUCUUAGAUCGACCCACACAAUCAACAGAAAAAAAUUUGGAAAAAGGAUAUCAAACUUUCUGGUUUUAUUCUACUUUGCAGGAGUGCCAUGAAGGAGAAGUCAUGACAGUGCGUUUUAGUCCUUCUGGAAAAUACUUUGUAACAGGUGGUUCAGAUCGAAAAGUUAAAAUCUGGGAAAUAGAUGGAAGAGGAAAAAUUGAUCUUGGCUUCGUCAAAUAAUAAUGCUUGUUGGAUAUGGAGUAUAAAUGAUUUAAGAUUACGACAUACUUUGACAGGACACAGCAAUAAAGUAAUGACAGCAAAGUUUCUUGGAACAGAUUCGAGCAAAAUAGCGUCUGGAAGUUAUGAUAGAA